AUACAUUUCGGUCUUUUUUGACGAGAUCACAAGAAAGUUGCGAAAAGAGCGCCCGGAUCACGUUCUUUAAAUCUCGCCAAAGCGACCCAGGGAAGGAUAGGCGUUCGUGGCAAUGGCAGGGAAUGCGACGAAGCGAAUCAAGGUUGGCGUCUGCGUUAUGGAAAAGAAGGCGACCUCGUCGCCUAUGCGCAAGAUACUGGAAAGGUUGGAGGCGUUUGGAGAAUUUGAGAUAAUAAAUUUUGGUGACAAGGUUAUUCUAGAGGAUCCAGUGGAGAGCUGGCCGAUUUGUGAUUGCUUAAUUGCUUUCUACUCCACUGGCUUUCCUUUGAAAAAAGCUCAGACUUAUGCUGCAUUGAGGAAGCCCUUUUUGGUCAAUGAACUAGAACCUCAACAUCUAUUGCAUGAUCGGAGGAAGGUUUACGAGCGCCUUGAGUUGUUUGGAAUUCCAGUUCCAAAGUAUGCUCUUGUAAAUAGAGAGUAUCCAUAUCAAGAGUUAUACUCCUUUGUUGAGCAUGAAGACUAUGUUGAAGUUCAUGGGAAGCGUUUUUGGAAACCUUUUGUUGAGAAACCUGUUGACGGGGACAAUCACAGUAUAAUGAUCUACUAUCCUAGUUCUGCUGGCGGUGGGAUGAAAGUAUUAUUCCGAAAGGUGGGCAACCGAUCUAGUGAAUUCCAUCCAGAAGUUAGUAGAGUGAGACGCGAGAGUUCAUAUAUUUAUGAAGAGUUCAUUCCCACUGGUGGCACAGAUGUGAAGGUAUACACUGUUGGUCCAGAUUAUGCUCAUGCUGAAGCACGAAAAUCUCCUGUAGUUGAUGGUGUCGUCAUGAGAAAUCCUGAUGGGAAAGAGGUUAGGUAUCCAGUUUUACUUACUCCUGCUGAGAAACAAAUGGCAUGGGAAGUUUGUGGUGCUUUCCAACAAGCGGUUUGUGGUUUUGAUCUCUUAAGAUGUAAAGGAAGAUCCUAUGUGUGUGAUGUCAAUGGAUGGAGCUUUGUGAAGAACUCCCCCAAGUACUACGACGAUGCAGCAUGUUUGUUAAGAAAAAUUUUUCUUGAUGCGAAGGCUCCUCAUCUGUCCUCUACUAUUCCUCCUAUUCUUCCUUGGAAACUCAAUGAACCAAUCCAACCUUCUGAAGGUCUAGCACGGUUGGAAAGUGGAAUUAUUGGGACUUUUGGGACAUUUGGGCAGUCGGAGGAGCUCCGCUGUGUAAUAGCUAUCAUUAGACAUGGUGAUCGGACUCCAAAACAAAAGGUUAAAUUAAAGGUUACAGAAGAAAAACUACUGAAUUUGAUGCUGAAGUACAAUGGUGGAAAUACAAAGUCUGAGACAAAGCUUAAAAGUGCUGUUCAGUUGCAAGAUCUCUUAGAUGCUACCCGGCUUCUUGUUCCACGUGCUAGUUCUGGUUAUGGAAGUGAUAGUGAAGCUGAAGGCAUAGAGCAUGCUGAAAAACUUCAACAAGUUAAAGCAGUGCUUGAAGAGGGUGGACAUUUCUCAGGUAUCUACCGAAAAGUGCAGCUAAAACCGCUAAAAUGGAUUAAAGAAACAAAAUCUGAUGGUGAUGAAUUUGAACGUCCAAUAGAGGCUCUCAUGGUUCUUAAGUAUGGUGGUGUUCUCACUCAUGCUGGCAGAAAGCAGGCAGAAGAGCUGGGAAGAUACUUCAGGAAUAAUAUGUAUCCAGGGGAAGGAACUGGCUUGCUUCGGCUUCAUAGCACUUACCGGCAUGAUCUCAAAAUUUACAGUUCUGAUGAAGGCCGUGUUCAGAUGUCUGCAGCUGCAUUUGCUAAAGGCCUUCUUGAUUUGGAGGGUCAAUUAACACCAAUUUUGGUUUCACUUGUUAGUAAAGAGUCUUCAAUGUUGGAUGGACUAGUAGAUGCUCGUGCAGAGAUGAAAAUAGCUAAGAGUAGACUGCAUGAUAUCAUCAUGUCUGAAGGAAUGUCAACUAUGGAAAAUGGGAACUCAGGGUUCCCUUGGAUGAUUGAUGGAGCCGGUCUACCUGCUAAUUUUUCUCAGCUUCUUCCUACUUUGGUGCAAUUGACAAAGAAGAUAACUGCUCAAGUGAAAUUACUAGCUGAAUCAGAGGAUGAGAACCUUGCAAAUAGUAAAUACCCAGCACUGGCUGCCUAUGACCAGGCAAAGGCCCUGGGUAAAACAACCAUUGAUGUUGCUCGUAUUGCAUCUGGUUUGCCUUGUGGCAGUGAAUGUUUUCUUUUAAUGUUUGCACGCUGGAAGAAGCUCCAGAGAGAACUAUAUCAUGAACGAAAAGAACGAUAUGAUAUCACCCAAAUUCCAGAUGUGUAUGAUUCUUGCAAAUAUGACCUCCUACAUAACACUCAUCUAAAUCUGGAUGGUUUGCCUGAACUCUUCAAAGUUACUCAGUUGCUAGCUGAUGGUGUUGUUCAUAAUGAGUAUGGGAUAAAUCCAAAACAGAAACUGAAGAUCGGUUCAAUGAUUGCUCGUCGUCUGUUGGGAAAAAUUUUGAUUGACCUUCGUAAUACUCGAGAAGAAGCAAUAAACAUUUAUGAACCAAAUGAUCUACCAGAAACACCUUCCAUCAAUACAAACAAGGAAGAAUCAGAGGUACAAGUCAGAACUCCAAAUAAAAAUGACAAGACACGAUGGCCAAGCUCCACAUGUGAAAAUUCACAAGAUGAUGUUGAUGAUGAUGAUAAAGAGACAAAAUACCGCUUGGAUCCCAAAUAUGCUAAUGUGAAAUCACCCGAGCGACAUGUCCGCACAAGGCUUUAUUUUACUUCGGAAUCGCAUAUACAUUCCCUGGUGAAUGUUCUCCGAUAUUGUAACUUGGAUGAGUCCCUAUAUGGAGAGGAUAGCCUUGUGUCCAUCAGUGCUUUGGAGAAGCUAUUUCUGACUAGAGAGCUUGAUUACAUGAGUAAUAUUGUCCUAAGGAUGUUCGAAAACACAGAGGUACCCUUAGAAGAUCCAAAAAGGUUUAGGAUAGAGAUGAGUUUCAGUCAUGGUGCAAAUUUAGAGCUGCUUGAGAAUUCUGAUAAGGAAGUUUCUUCACUUCUUCAAGAGCACACACUGCCCAUAAUGGCACCGGAGAGGCUGCAAGAGGCUGGUGCUUGCCUGACAUUGGACAAAUUUGAAAAGAUGGUUCGUCCAUUUGCCAUGCCUGCGGAGGACUUCCCACCGCCUUCCUUCCAACAGACCUUCACUGGUUACUUCUCUAGGAGUGGUGCAAUGUUUGAACGUUUGGUUAGACUAUUCUACAAGAACACAACCAAUGCUACCAAGCAAUGAGUUUUUCCUCCAUUUUACGGUUAGGCAAUUUUUUCAGUCCAUCUCUCCAAACAUGUAGUGAAGCAUCCCUCAAAACCUAUGGAGAACAACUAUUCUAUUGAAUAACCACCAUUUUUCUUUAACAAUAACUUUCCUUUUUCGCUUCUUUUAAUGAUUACACUAAUUUUGUUGCCCAAUCAUCUCUAUACAAGCAGGUGAUGAUUUUACACUAAUAGAAUAGGUAUUUGGAAAGGAUUCUUUCUGUAAAUAUAUUGCUCUAUUUUGAUUUAUAG